AUGCCCGUCCCCACCGGACUCGCGUACCAGUAUGAGCAGACAUCCAUCAUAGCAGAAUGGCCCGCCUCACACGGCAAAGCCCUGGAAAUAGCGCACCGCGAGUUCGUCGAACUGCGCAACGUCCAGGACGAACACAUUCACUUCUGUAUGUUCAUCAAGCGCCACUCGGAGACCGUCAUGAAGUCGCGUAUCAGUCCGACGAUCUGGGAAGGAUUCUUUCAGGGUUUUGUGGCCACGCCUGAUAGGCUGAUGGUGAUGUACGUCGAGGUGGAGAAGCCGAGGAAGUCGGGAUGGGCGGAGAGGUUGAGGUUGGGUAGGGAGAAGGGCAAGGGGAAGAGUGAGAUGUUGGGUGCAGGGGAGGUGCCGGUGAAGAAGGAUGAGGAUCGGGAUGUUGCGGCGAUUGAGAACGACUCUGAGUUGCCCGCGUAUUCGAAGGAGAAGGUUUGA